AUGAAAGUGGAAUCAGAAAAUAGAACCGAUCAAACGAACCGUUCAAAUAUCAUACAUAAAAAUAUGCGUCAACUAAUUUCGGUAGCAGCGGCAAUAAUCGGUGUUAUUUUAAUUUCAUUAGAUGAAAAAUUUGUUGGCAGCAUCUUUGGUAUAUGCUUGUCAAUACUUUCUGCUUUAUCUGCUGCAUUAUACAAGGUUCUUUUCAAAAAAGUGAUCGGUGAUGCGACAAUUGGGCAAGUAUCACUUUUUAUGAGUGGUUUGGGCUUACUUAAUGCUUCCCUUAAUUCAUUGCCUACAGUGAUAUUCCUGACAAAUGCGAUAGAAACGUUUACCUGGUCAUCUGUACCGUGGUUUCCGCUAUUCGGUGUUGCAUUUUUAUCAUUGUGGUUUAAUUUUCUCAUAAAUUUUGGAAUUGCUUUGCUGCAUCCAUUUGUGAUAUCUAUUGGGAUGUUAUUUGGUAUUCCCAUCAGUGUAGCUAUUGACAUUAUCUUCCGACAUAUGAAUGCAACGCCUUACUUUGUUAUUGGCGCUCUUCUAAUAUUAUUUUCAUGCAUAAUCGCAGCAAUACCAACAGAAUCAUUCCGUUGCACGAUGAAAAUGAAAAAGGUGGAGAACGAGAAUGGACACGGCGAGCAAUGUAUUGCCGUGUAA